AAGCAUUCUGCUGACCGGCUGUUGAUGGCAGUUAGCAUCAACUGCAUAUGAAAAGUACAAUUACCUGGAUUCGGCUUGGCUCAAUAAAUUAAAUAUAAUAUCAAUAAUCCAAUAAAAAUGAUUGAUUCAUUCAUUUUCGUUAGUUGAUUACAUCAACUAAUCUUCUCUAGAACUGUUCUUUCUAUUAAAAUCCGCUUCGAAAUCUCAAGAAAUGAGUCAGUGGGUUUUCUGCUCUUGCUGAAUUUAGUACACAAGACAGAAAUGGAGGGUUUUAGGAAGAUGGUGUUUGAUGAUUGGGCUCCAUUGAUAACAAGCUUUGUUCAUGAAACUCUACUUAAGCUGACGAAAGAUGAAGCAAUUCAGGAACUUGGGUUGACAUGGAACGUAAUAAGAAGCUCAAUUAUUGUUCCAGGCUUGACAGUAUCAGUCUACUUGUGUUCAGUGAUGGUAGUCAUGGUGUUGUUUGAAAGAUUGUAUAUGUCAGUCAUAGUUUACUAUAUGAUGCUUUCUGGGUUUAAGCCAGAAAAGCGUUAUAAAUUCGAAGCAAUUAAUCCAGUGGAACACAACGUCGAAGAACAAGGUGAGGUUCAGAAAUGUUCAUCAGAUUAUCCGAUGGUGCUAGUUCAGAUACCCAUGUACAAUGAAAGAAAGGUCUACAAGCUGUCAAUAGGAGCUGCCUGUCGUCUUUCAUGGCCGUCCAACAGAAUCAUAGUUCAAGUCCUCGAUGAUUCAACUGAUCCUCUCAUCAAGGAUUUGGUUCAGAUAGAAUGUCAAAGAUGGGAAAAUGAAGGAAUAAACAUCAAAUACGAAACUAGAGCUAAUCGAAAUGGGUAUAAAGCUGGAGGUCUUAAAGAAGGUUUGAAACACAGCUACGUCAAGGAAUGCGAAUUUGUUGCCAUCUUUGAUGCUGAUUUCCAACCUGACCCUGACUACCUCCACCGAACCGUUCCUUACCUCAUACACAAUCAAGAAAUUGGUCUUGUUCAAGCGCAAUGGGAAUACACUAAUUCACAUGAGUGCAUAAUGACAAGAAUUCAGGAACUGUCUUUGAACUUCCAUUUUAAGGUGGAACAAGAAGUUGGGUCUUACGCGUAUGCCUUCUUCAGUUUCAAUGGCACCGCAGGUGUAUGGAGACUUACAGCUAUUAACGAAGCAGGAGGAUGGAAUCCACGCACAACUACAGAGGACUUGGAUCUGUCCCUCCGGGCAAGUCUCCGGGGCUGGAAAUUUGUCUACGUCUCUGAUAUCAAGGUGAAAUGUGAAUUGCCUAGCACUUACAAGGCCCUUCGUUAUCAACAGCAUCGAUGGUCAUGUGGACCUGCCAACUUAUUCAGAAAAAUGGUGAUGGAUAUCAUCAGGAAUAAGAGGAUCAGUUUCUGGAGGAAGAUUUAUGUUAUUUAUAACUUCUUCUUAGCCCGGAAGAUGGUAACUCAUAUCAUCUCCUUCACCUUUUUCUGUGUGAUAAUCCCUAUGUGCGUUAUGUUUCCUGAAGUUGAUAUACCAAAAUGGAGUGCAGUUUAUAUACCCACCACCAUCAUGCUUCUCAAUAUUAUUGAAACACCAAGGUCUAUCCACCUACUUGUUUUCUGGAUUUUACUUGAAAAUGUCUUGUCUAUGACUCGAAUAAAAGCAAUAUAUAUAGGUUUGCUAGAUAGGAAGAGAGCGAAUGAAUGGGUAGUCACAGAGAAAUUAGGAGAAGCUCUACUCAUAUCUGAAGACUCCAACAGCUUACCAAUAAAAGCAUCGAGGAAACUUCCAUUGCUAGAAAGAAUCUACUUGAUGGAGCUCUGCACGGGAACGUUCCUCUUCUUUUGUGCAUUUUAUGAUCUAGUAAUCACAAAAUCUGGGAAAUACAUAUACUUGUAUUUACAAGGAGGUGCCUUCUUAAUUUGUGGGUUGGGUUAUGUUGGCACCCAACCCCCAUAUGAUUAGCAAGAGCAACAAAUCAGUCUCAUCAUUUGGAACCUAUACCGUUUCUCUAACAACAUAAAAGUGUUAUCUUGUAGGUGUCAAUUCUUGCUAAAAUAUCACAAUAUCAAAAAUAGGAUUGGCAAGUUACAGAAUACAGUGACAACAUAGUAUAGUUUUCGAUUGGCUAGAGAGUUCUAAACAGCUAAUCCAUGUUAUGUAACUCCUUUUAAAUAUGUAUGAUUCUUUCGAUUGUCAAUUGAACUUAACAGAAAUAACCAAUAUAUAUCAUUCUUUCUGUAAACGGUAAACCUCUUCAUUUUAUCUUCCAUUUACCACGGUUUCCCUACAAAAACAUCUACUUCUACCUAACCCCUAAUUGAACUACAGAUUCCUCAAACAUCCCACAUCAAAACCCUAACA